AUGUUCGAAAUUUUAGCCCAACAGCGUUUGUCCCAGGUCUCUUCCCACUUCAGUGGAAAGAAGGGCGCCGCGGGUAUCACCGAAAAGCACCCCGACGAUAUCGUCGUCACAUGUGCCCUGCGCACUGCCUUGACCAAGGGUGGCAAGGGUGCAUUCAAGGACACAGCCGCCGCAGAUCUUCUGGCUGGUGUCUUCAAGGCUGUGAUCAACAAGAGCGGUAUCGACCCAGCUCUUGUCGAGGAUGUUGCGGUGGGCUCAGUUCUCCCUCCUGGUGGCGGUGCCACUGAAUUCCGUGCUGCCGCUCUCGUUGCUGGAUUCCCCGAGACAACCGCUGUUAAGAGUCUGAACCGUCAAUGCUCCAGUGGUCUUCAGGCAAUCGUUGAUAUUGCCAACGCUCUGAAGGCCGGCACCAUCGACGUCGGUAUCGGUGCUGGUGUUGAGAGCAUGACCUCCCAGUACGGUCCCGGAGCUGUUACCGAGUUCUCCGAGCUCCUCGAGAGCCACCCCGAAGCCGCCAACUGCAAGGUUCCCAUGGGUGUCCUGUCAGAGGACAUGGCCAAGGCCCGCAACGUCACUCGUGCCGCCCAGGACGCUUUCGCCGCAUCAUCAUACCAGAAGGCCGAGGCCGCCCAAAAGGCCGGUCUUUUCAACGAGGAGAUUGCUCCUCUCGAGGUCAAGUGGACCGACCCCAAGUCUGGCGAGGAGAAGACCAUCACUGUCAAGGCUGAUGAUGGUGUCCGGCCCGGCAUGACCGUCGAGUCCCUGGCCAAGAUCCGUCCCGCCUUCGCCAAGGAUGGCUCCAUCCACGCUGGUAACGCUUCCCAGAUCUCCGACGGCGCUGCCGCCGUUCUGCUCAUGAAGCGCUCUACUGCUGAGCGUCUGGGUCAGAAGAUCAUCGGCAAGUACGUUGCUGCUAGUGUUGUCGGUGUUAAGCCCCUGCUCAUGGGUAUUGGCCCAUGGAAGGCUAUCCCUGUUGCUCUGGAGAAGGCCGGUAUUACCAAGGAGGACGUUGAUAUCUACGAGAUCAACGAGGCUUUCGCCUCCCAGUGUGUGUGGUGUAUUAACGAGCUUGGUUUGCCUGCUGAGAAGAUUAACCCCAAGGGUGGUGCUAUCGCCUUCGGACACCCGCUUGGCUGCACCGGUUCUCGCCAGGUCAGCACACUUCUGACUGAGCUCAAGCGCACCAACAAGAAGGUCGGUGUCACCAGCAUGUGUGUCGGUACCGGUAUGGGUAUGGCUGCUGUCUGGGUUGCCGAGUAA